UUCGAAGCUUGGCGCCGGUGCAGUGGCUGGUAUUGCUGGUGUUCUGAUCGUCUACCCGCUUGACAUGGUCAAGACUAGACUACAAAACCAAAAAAAAGAUUCUUUGGGCAAGCUGCAGUAUCGUGGAGGACUCGACUGCUUCCGUCAAGUCGUCGCUAAGGAAGGUGUUCGAGGUCUGUAUCGUGGUAUUGUUCCUAAUCUGAUCGGGAUCACCCCUGAAAAAGCCAUCAAGUUAGCUGUUAAUGACUUUUCGCGUGAAUAUUGGGCCGAGCGUCUUUCUGUGCCUGAAGACAAGCUACCAAUAAAAUAUGGUAUGCUCGCCGGUGCAACUGCAGGUUUCUGCCAGGUCAUAGCCACCAACCCCAUGGAAAUAGUCAAGAUUCAGAUGCAAUUGGCCGGAUCCCAAAAACUGACUCCUAAUGAACAACGACCCACUGCUAUGAGCAUUGUACGCUCUUUGGGUUUGCGUGGUCUCUACAGAGGCACUCCUGCCACAUUGUUGAGGGACGUGCCAUUCUCAAUCAUUUUUUUUCCUUUGAACUCAUACAUCAAACUACAGGGUGCAGAUGAAGACGGCAAGACCCCAUUUUCCGUGGUCUUGGGUGCUGGUCUUGUCGCCGGUGUUGUUGGCGCCUCCACAGUUACACCCGCUGAUGUAAUCAAAACGAGGCUUCAGGUGACGAGAAAACCUGGCGAGCCUGUUUAUAGAGGCAUUGCUGACUGCUUCCAACAAAUUGUGCGAAACGAAGGAUUCGCUGCACUUUUCAAAGGUGUUGUCCCUAGGUCUCUCAUCGUCGCUCCUAUGUUCGCCAUCGCCUUGUUUGUAUAUGAACUCCAGCAGCGGUACCUUGGGCCCUCCAUGUCUGAGCUUACACCCCUUCACACCCCUACAAGUUCACCCGUUCUGAUGUUGAACGACAGGAAGUGAGCUUGCGCGUUUCUAGGUUUCAAAGCACGCCUUUAUUCUUGCCAGAUGGAGCUAUUUGGUACAACGCAUCCCAAUCUAUACUCCUUGUACAAUUCAUUUGCCCACAUAGAAUCGUCGUGAACAUGCGACACUCAUUUGUAGAAUAAUCACGAGUUGUUUAAAAAAAAC